AUGGAGGUCAUAAAUUCUCAGAUCCCUGAAAUUGAGGUCUAUAGCAGAGAAACAAGAUGCAGUGAUUUAAAUCAACAUUGCAAGUUCUUUAAGUUGAAAAUAGUAGGAUCAGUGGUUCCCAAACUCUUCAUGUUUGAGGUGGGGAUCCGGGCAUCUCCACUUUUAAUAAAGCUCCAUUGGCUGGGAAAGCUUUCCUGGGUUCCUAAAGAGUGGCUUCGUUUCCAUUUUCCACAGAUCUCAAGAGAUGACUCGAUACAUCACAUGAGCCACUCCCAGAAGCGGCCAGAGCUGCCCCCUCUGCCUGCUUCCGGCAACGAGGAACCGUCUGAACUCUAUCGGACUGUCAUGUCACACAGCUUUUAUCCCCCCUUGAUGCAACGUACAUCAUGGACUCUGGCUGCCCCUUUCAAAGAGCAGCAUCACCACCGUGGACCUAGCGACUCCAUUGCCAACAACUACUCCUUGAUGGCCCAGGACCUGAAGCUAAAGGGCCUGGUGAAGAGCUAUCAGCCAGUCACCAUCAAUGUCCCUAGGGAAAGGAACCUUCAGGGGCUGCCACCAGCUAGUGGAACCUCAGCAGAGCCCAACAAGAAGAAAAUGAAGUUGUCCUCCAGAGACAAAGAGGAAGCGACCCGGAUCAAGUUGGCCUGCCAUACCUCAAACUCUUCACUUAUGAAGGAGGUGGCGACAUCUUCAGACUUCCCACGAAGCAGACCAAUGAGUCCAGAAGAACAAAUUAAUGUGAUGUUACAGCAAGAGAUGGAAAUAGAACGUAAAGAACCCAAACCAUCUGACUCAGAUUUGGAGAGGUACUGUUAUUAUUUGACCAACGGGAUCCGGAGAGACAUGAUUGCCCCUGAGGAGGAAGAGGUGAUAACUCGGAUUUCAAAGCUGAUUUCUAACAAGCCGUUAACAAGCACCUUGGAAGCCCUGCUUGAGGGGCUCUUUGAGGAGAAGGAACAUGAUUACUACAGUAGCCUCAUGAAAAGCAUUGUUGAUUACAUCCUCAUGGAUCCAAUGGAGAGAAAAAGACUCUUCAUCAAGAGCAUCCCUCGCUUGUUUCCUCAAAGGGUCAUCCGGGCCCCUGUGCCCUGGCACAGUAUCUACAAGUCUGCCAAGAAGUGGAAUGAGGAGCAUCUGCACACAGUGAACCCCAUGAUGCUCAGCCUGAAAGAACUGUGGUUUUCAGAAUUUGCUGACCUCAGGUUUGUUCGAACAGCAGAAUUACUGGCGGGAAAAUUGCCUCUGCAGCCUCACCAAUACGAAAGUGUGAUCCAGAAACACUGCAUGGAUGCGCGUCAAGUUCUUCUCAGCAGGUGGGUCCCUACAUGUGCUAAGCUUUUUAUAUCGAGGAAGGAAGAGUGGGUCCAUUUUGCUCCCAAGAAUGACUAUGAGUCCUCUCGUAUCAUUGAGGAAUAUUUUGCUUCUGUUGCAUCCUUCAUGUCACUCCAGCUCAGGGAAUUGGUCAUCAAGUCUCUCGAGGACCUUGUUUCCUUCUUUAUGAUACACCAGGAUGGGAAUGAUUUCAAGGAGCCCUACCGAGAGAUGGAGUUCUUUAUGCCUCAGCUAAUCAUGAUCAAACUUGAAGUAAAUGAACCCGCUAUUGUCUUUAAGCCAUCUUUUGAUGACUGCUGGAAAUUAAUACACGACUCUUUCUUGGAAAUUAUUAGGAACUCUGAGAAGAUCCCCAAGGUGGAAUCUCUCCUGUUCCCAGAGCUGAAAGGAUAUAACCUGACUCUUGGGACUGUGAAUUCUGAAGAAAAAUUGGUUUCUGAUUUUGUGGAUCAAACUUUUGAGGUAUUUCAGAAAAACCAAGUUGGCCCUUACAAGUACUUAAAUGUAUACAAGAAAUAUGAUGAUUUAUUGGAUAACAUGGCAGAACAAAACAUCACUGCAUUCCUGAAAGAAAACCAUGAAAUUGAGGAUUUUGUGAAGAGGAUCAGUGAAAUUAAAAAGCUGAGAAAUGAAAUUGCAUCCAUGCACAUCACUGUGCCUUUGGCCAUGUUCUGCCUUGAUACCAUGACCCUAAAUUAUGAUCUCUGUGAGCGAGCCCAAAACCUUAAAGACCGGCUGAUUCAAUUCCAAGUGGAUGUAAACCGGGACACCAACACCAGCAUUUGUAAUCAGUACAGUGCCAUCGCAGACAAAGUCAGUGAGAUUCCCGCCAACACUGAGGAGCUGGUAUUCCUCAUUGAAUUCUUAAAGAAAUCCAGCGACGUCACCGUAUUCAGACUCAGGAGGCAACUUAGAGAUGCAAGUGAACGGCUAGAGUUUUUGCUGGACUAUGCAGACUUGCCCCAAGAGGAUAUCAAGUUGAACAGCACUCUGUUCCUCUGGCCAGAUCAGAUUGAAGAUAUCUUUGAAAACAGCCGAAACCUGCUCUUUAACAAGAGGGAUCAGGCAGAGAUGGACUUGAUUAAAAGGUGCUCAGAAUUUGAGUCAAAGCUUGAGGGCUACAACAAGGAACUGGAAGCUUUUAGGAAGCGUGAAGUGAUGACCACAGAAGAGAUGAAGAACAACGUUGAAAAGCUUAACGAGAUAUCAAAGAACCUGGAACAGGCGCUGGUGGAAUUUGAGUUGAUCAAUAAGGAGGAGGAGCUGUUGGAAAAAGAGAAGAGUACCUUCCCGCUUCUGCAAACCGUGAUGACCAACAAAGUGCCUUACGAGCAGCUGUGGGUGACGGCCUAUGAGUUCAGCACCAAAUCAGAGGAGUGGAUGAAUGGACCCCUCUAUUUACUGAAUGCUGAGGAAAUCGCAGAGGAAAUAGGGUCUAUGUGGAGGACGAUAUAUAAACUGACCAAGACCUUGGCUGACGUGCCAGCACCCAGGCGCUUAGCAGAGAAUGUGAAAAUCAAGAUCGAUAAGUUCAAGCAGAACAUUCCAAUUCUGAGCAUCGCCUGCAACCCAGGAAUGAAAGAACGGCACUGGCGACAGAUCAGUGAGAUUAUCGGCUAUGAAAUAAAGCCCAACGAAACGACUUGCCUCCUAAAUAUGCUGGAAUUGGGAUUUGGCAAAUUCAUUGAAAAACUGGAACCCAUUGGUGCAGCAGCCAGUAAAGAAUAUUCUUUGGAGAAAAACUUGGACAGAAUGAAGUUGGACUGGGUUAACAUGACGUUCAGUUUCGUGAAAUACAGAGAUACCGAUACAAGCAUCUUAUGUGCAGUUGAUGACAUUCAACUGCUACUCGAUGAUCACGUGAUAAAGACCCAGACCAUGUGUGGCUCGCCAUUCAUCAAACCGAUAGAAGCAGAAUGCCGGAAGUGGGAAGAAAAGCUAGUCCGUGUGCAGGAAAUUUUGGAUUCCUGGCUCAAGUGCCAAGCCACCUGGCUGUACCUGGAACCUAUCUUCAGUUCAGAGGACAUCAUAGCCCAGAUGCCAGAAGAGGGCAGGAAAUUUGCCAUCGUUGAUGGUUACUGGAAGUCAAUCAUGUCCCAAGCGGUAAAAGAUUCCAGGGUUCUGAUGGCAGCUGACCAGCCCCGGAUGAAUGAGAAGCUUCAAGAAGCUAACCUUCUGUUGGAUGACAUCCAGAGGGGGCUAAAUGAUUACUUGGAGAAGAAGAGACUAUUUUUCCCCAGGUUCUUCUUCCUGUCAAAUGAUGAACUGCUGGAGAUCUUAUCAGAGACAAAGGACCCACUCCGAGUCCAGCCACACUUGAAGAAGUGCUUUGAGGGAAUUGCCAAGCUGAACUUUACAGAAAACAUGGAAAUCGAGGGCAUGAUCAGCUCGGAAAAAGAAACCGUUCCAUUCAAACAGAAAAUCUACCCAGCUAAAGCCAAAGGCAUGGUGGAGAAGUGGCUCCAGCAGGUGGAGCAGAUGAUGCUGGCCAGUAUGCGAGAGGUCAUUAGACUUGGGAUUGAAGCAUAUGCCAAGGUGCCUCGUAAUUCCUGGGUCUUGCAGUGGCCUGGCCAGGUGGUUAUCUGCGUCUCUUCCAUCUUUUGGACCCAGGAGGUGUCCCAAGCCCUGGUCGAAAACACCCUUCCAGAUUUUCUGCAAAAGAGCAAUGAUCAGAUUGCACAAAUUGUCCAGCUGGUGCGAGGAAAGCUGAGCAGUGGGGCUCGGCUCACUCUUGGGGCCCUCACGGUCAUCGAUGUCCAUGCUCGUGACGUGGUGGCCAAGUUAUCUGAGGACAAGAUUUCUGAUCUGAACGACUUCCAGUGGAUCUCCCAGCUGCGCUACUACUGGGACACCAAGGAUGUGAAGGUGCAGAUGAUAACUACAGAAGCCUUGUAUGGCUAUGAGUACCUGGGCAACUCCCCCCGACUGGUGAUUACUCCCCUCACUGACCGCUGCUACAGGACACUGAUGGGAGCUUUGAAGCUGAACCUUGGGGGCGCUCCAGAGGGCCCAGCUGGGACAGGCAAGACAGAAACCACCAAAGAUCUGGCCAAAGCUUUGGCCAAGCAGUGUGUGGUCUUCAACUGCUCUGAUGGUUUGGAUUACAAAGCCAUGGGGAAGUUCUUCAAGGGGCUGGCCCAGGCUGGAGCAUGGGCCUGCUUUGAUGAGUUCAACAGGAUUGAGGUAGAAGUGCUGUCUGUGGUAGCUCAACAGAUUCUCAGCAUUCAGCAAGCCAUUAUCCGGAAGCUAAAGACAUUCAUCUUUGAAGGCACUGAACUCUCUCUGAACCCAACCUGUGCCGUCUUCAUCACCAUGAACCCUGGGUAUGCUGGCAGGGCUGAGCUGCCAGAUAACCUCAAGGCCUUGUUCAGAACAGUGGCCAUGAUGGUGCCAGAUUACGCCCUGAUUGGAGAAAUCUCCCUCUACUCUAUGGGGUUUCUGGACUCUAGAAGUCUUGCCCAGAAGAUUGUCGCAACCUACCGCCUAUGCUCGGAGCAGCUCUCUUCCCAGCACCACUAUGACUAUGGCAUGCGUGCUGUCAAGUCUGUGCUCACUGCUGCAGGCAACCUGAAGCUCAAGUAUCCAGAGGAGGAUGAGAGUGUCCUGCUACUCCGGGCCUUGCUUGAUGUCAACCUAGCCAAGUUCUUGGCUCAAGAUGUCCCUCUUUUUCAGGGCAUUAUAUCAGAUUUGUUUCCUGGAGUCGUUCUUCCAAAGCCAGACUAUGACGUUUUCAUGGAGGUGCUGAAUGAGAACAUCAGAAAGAUGAAACUGCAGCCAGUACCUUGGUUUAUUGGGAAAAUUAUUCAGAUCUACGAGAUGAUGCUGGUGAGACAUGGCUACAUGAUUGUCGGAGACCCCAUGGGCGGCAAGACCUGUGCUUAUAAAGUGUUGGCUGCAGCUCUGGGUGAUUUAUAUGCAGCCAACCAGAUGGAGGAGUUUGCCGUGGAGUACAAGGUCAUCAACCCCAAGGCUAUCACCAUGGGGCAACUCUAUGGGUGCUUUGACCCAGUGAGCCAUGAGUGGACAGACGGUGUCCUUGCCAACGCUUUCCGAGAACAAGCAUCUUCAGUAUCUGACGACCGCAAGUGGAUUAUAUUUGAUGGGCCAGUGGAUGCUGUUUGGAUUGAAAAUAUGAACACUGUUCUAGAUGACAAUAAAAAGCUGUGCUUAAUGAGUGGAGAGAUUAUCCAAAUGAGCCCCAAGAUGAGUCUGGUCUUCGAGCCAGCUGACCUCGAGCAGGCCUCACCGGCCACUGUGAGCAGGUGUGGGAUGAUCUACAUGGAGCCCCAUCAGCUAGGCUGGAAGCCCCUGAAGGACUCCUACAUGGACACCCUGCCCUCCAGCCUCACUGAGGAGCACAAGGCAUUGGUUGAUGACAUGUUCAUGUGGCUCGUCCAGCCCUGCCUGGAUUUUACCCGCCUUCAGUGUAGAUUUGUGGUCCAAACGUCUCCCAUCCACCUUGCCUUCUCGAUGAUGAGACUGUACUCCUCUCUGCUUGAUGAAAUCAGGGAUGUACAAGAGGAGGAAAGUGAAUUAUUUGAAGGUCUGACAAGCCAACAGAUCUUCCUCUGGCUGCAAGGCCUGUUCCUCUUUGCCUUGGUGUGGACUGUGGCUGGCACCAUCAACGCGGACAGCAGAAAGAAAUUUGAUGUGUUUUUCCGCAACUUGAUUAUGGGCAUGGAUGACAACCACCCGAGGCCCAAAAGUGUCAAACUCACCAAAAAUAACAUCUUUCCAGAAAGAGGAAGCAUCUACGACUUUUAUUUUCUCAAGCAAGGUAGUGGACAUUGGAACGCUUGGACAGAGUAUAUCACCAAAGAGGAGGAAACUAUCCCAGCUAAUGCAAAGGUCUCAGAACUCAUCAUCCCCACAAUGGAAACGGCCCGGCAGACCUUCUUCUUGAAAACCUACUUGGAUCAUGAGAUUCCAAUACUGUCUGUGGGUCCCACAGGCACUGGCAAAUCAGCUAUCACCAACAAUUUCCUUCUCCGCCUUCCCAAAAACAUCUACCUGCCCAACUGCAUCAACUUCUCUGCCAGAACUUCAGCCAAUCAGACCCAGGAUAUCAUCAUGUCCAAGCUGGAUCGGCGGAGGAAAGGCCUUUUUGGACCUCCCAUAGGGAAGAAAGCGGUGGUGUUUGUGGAUGACCUCAACAUGCCAGCCAAAGAGGUGUAUGGGGCCCAGCCCCCCAUCGAGCUCUUGAGGCAAUGGAUUGACCACGGUUACUGGUUUGAUAAGAAGGACACAAACAGGCUGGACAUCGCAGAUGUGUUGCUUGUGACAGCUAUGGGGCCACCCGGGGGAGGAAGGAAUGACAUUACUGGACGAUUCACUCGCCAUCUGAAUAUCCUUUCCAUCAAUGCCUUUGAGGAUGACAUUUUAACUAAGAUUUUCAGUUCUAUCGCUGACUGGCACUUUGGGAAAGGGUUUGAUGUCAUGUUCUUAAGGUACGGAAAGAUGUUGGUGCAAGCUACUAUGACAAUUUAUAAAGCUGCAGUAGAGAAUUUCUUGCCAACUCCCUCCAAGUCACAUUACGUCUUUAACCUGCGGGACUUCUCACGGGUGAUCCAAGGGGUACUGCUCUGCCCUCAUACCCACCUGCAGGAUGUAGAAAAAUUUAUCCGGCUUUGGAUCCAUGAGGUUUAUCGAGUCUUCUAUGACCGUCUGAUUGACCAGGAGGACAGACAGGUCUUCUUCAACAUGGUGAAAGAAACCACUGCCAAUUACUUACCUUUCUCACAGGUCCUCAUCCACCUGUCACCCACUGGAAAGAUCGUCGAUGAUAACAUUCGUAGCCUCUUCUUUGGAGAUUUCUUCAAACCAGAGAGUGACCAGAAAAUCUAUGAUGAGAUCACCGACCUGAAACAGCUCACAGUGGUCAUGGAAUAUUAUCUGGAAGAGUUCAACAACAUCAGCAAGGCCCCCAUGUCCUUGGUCAUGUUCAGGUUCGCCAUUGAGCACAUCUCCCGGAUUUGCAGGGUCCUGAAGCAGAACAAAGGCCACUUGCUUCUGGUGGGCAUUGGGGGCAGCGGGCGGCAGAGUGCCACCAAACUGUCCACAUUCAUGAAUUCAUACGAGCUAUACCAGAUUGAGAUCACCAAGAACUACACAGGCAAUGACUGGAGAGAGGACUUAAAGAAGAUCAUGCUCCAGGUCGGUGUGGCCACCAAAAGUACCGUGUUCCUCUUUGCUGAUAACCAGAUCAAGGAUGAGUCAUUCGUUGAGGACAUCAACAUGCUUCUGAACACAGGUGAUGUACCCAACAUCUUCCCAGCUGACGAGAAGGCUGACAUUGUGGAAAAGAUGCAAAUGGCAGUCAGGACAGAAGGAGAGAAGAUUGAAAUCACCCCUCUCUCUAUGUAUAACUUCUUUAUUGAAAGAGUGAAAAAGAACCUUCACAUUGUCCUUGCCAUGAGCCCAAUUGGGGACGCCUUCCGGAACCGCCUGCGGAUGUUCCCUUCGCUGAUCAACUGCUGCACAAUUGAUUGGUUCCAGUCCUGGCCCACAGAUGCCCUGGAGUUAGUGGCCAACAAAUUUCUGGAAGAUGUGGAGCUUGAUGACGACGUUCGGGCAGAGGUUGUCUCCAUGUGCAAAUAUUUUCAGGAGAGCGUGAGGAAUCUGUCCCUCGAUUAUUACAACACGUUGCGCAGACACAACUAUGUAACCCCUACCUCCUACCUCGAAUUGAUUCUGACCUUCAAGACACUCCUGAAUAGCAAGAGACAAGAGGUUGAUACAAUGAGGAACCGCUACCUGACAGGCCUUCAGAAACUUGAUUUUGCAGCUUCACAGGUGGCAGUCAUGCAAAUAGAACUGACUGCACUUCAGCCUCAGCUCAUUCAGACCUCUGAGGAGACCGCUAAGAUGAUGGUGAAAAUUGAAGCGGAGACGAAAGAAGCUGAUGCCAAGAAGCUUCUCGUGCAGGCCGAUGAAAAAGAAGCCAAUGCUGCUGCUGCGAUUGCUCAAGGAAUCAAGAACGAAUGUGAGGGAGACCUGGCAGAGGCGAUGCCAGCACUGGAGGCCGCACUAGCCGCGCUCGACACCCUGAACCCUGCAGACAUCUCCCUGGUGAAGUCAAUGCAGAACCCCCCUGGCCCGGUCAAGCUGGUCAUGGAGAGCAUUUGUGUCAUGAAAGGGCUGCGACCAGAGAGGAAGCCAGACCCCGGUGGCUCUGGUAAGAUGAUAGAAGAUUUCUGGGGGGUGUCAAGAAAGAUUCUUGGAGAUCUGAAAUUCUUGGAGAGUCUUAAGACAUACGAUAAAGACAACAUCCCCUCAACCGUCAUGAAGAGGAUCCGGGAAAAGUUUAUCGAUCACCCAGAUUUCCAACCAGCUGUCAUUAAAAAUGUGUCAUCGGCCUGUGAAGGCCUAUGCAAGUGGGUGAGGGCCAUGGAGGUAUACGACCGCGUGGCCAAAGUGGUGGCUCCCAAACGGGAGCGGCUGAAGGAGGCUGAGGGGAAGUUGGACGCACAGAUGCAGAAACUGAACCUGAAGCGGGCAGAGCUGAAGCUGGUGGAAGACCGCCUGCAGGCCCUGAAUGAUGACUUUGAAGACAUGAACCUCAAGAAAAAUGCCUUGGAGGAAAACAUUGAAAUCUGCUCCCAAAAGCUAAUCAGGGCAGAGAAGCUGAUCAGUGGUCUUGGGGGAGAGAAGGACAGAUGGACAGAAGCUGCCCGGCAGUUGGGGAUCCGCUAUAUUAACCUGACAGGGGAUGUGUUGGUGUCCUCGGGGACCGUGGCUUACCUGGGUGCCUUUACAGUGGAUUAUCGGACCAAGUGCCAAAAGCAGUGGUUGGAGCACUGCAAGGAGAAGGUCAUCCCUGGCUCCGCUGACUUUAGUCUCAGCAACACAUUAGGGGAUCCCGUAAAAAUCCGGGCCUGGCAGAUUGCUGGGCUGCCCAUUGACUCCUUCUCCAUUGACAAUGGCAUCAUUGUGUCCAAUUCCAGACGCUGGGCCUUAAUGAUUGACCCUCAGGGGCAGGCCAAUAAGUGGAUUAAGAACAUGGAGAAAGCUAAUAAGCUGUCUGUCAUCAAGUUCACUGAUGCCAACUAUAUGAGAACACUGGAAAACGCUUUGCAAUUUGGCACCCCUGUCUUACUUGAAAACAUCGGAGAAGAGCUGGAUGCCUCCAUUGAACCCAUCUUGCUCAAGGCAACAUUCAAGCAGCAGGGGGUUGAAUAUAUGAGGCUGGGCGAAAAUAUCAUUGAAUACUCCAAGGAUUUUAAGUUAUACAUCACAACCCGUUUGAGGAACCCACAUUACCUCCCUGAAGUCGCCGUGAAAGUCUGUCUCCUUAACUUCAUGAUCACCCCCUUGGGUCUCCAAGAUCAACUCCUUGGCAUUGUGGCUGCCAAGGAGAAGCCAGAACUGGAAGAGAAGAAGAACCAGUUGAUUGUGGAAAGUGCCAAGAACAAGAAGCAGCUAAAGGAAAUUGAAGAUAAAAUCUUGGAGGUCCUCUCCCUGUCCGAGGGCAACAUCCUUGAGGAUGAAACUGCCAUCAAAGUUUUGUCUUCCUCUAAAGUGCUGUCUGAAGAAAUAUCUGAGAAACAGGAAAUUGCUUCUGUGACAGAAAUGCAGAUUGAUGAGACUCGGAUGGGCUACAAGCCAGUGGCUGUUCAUUCUGCCACCAUCUUCUUUUGCAUCUCUGACCUGGCCAACAUCGAGCCGAUGUACCAGUACUCCCUGACAUGGUUCAUAAACCUGUAUGUUCAGUCCCUGGCUAACAGCAGGAAAAGUGAUGAGCUAGACCUACGUAUCGAGUACAUCAUUGAACAUUUCACCCUGAGCAUUUACAACAACGUUUGCCGCUCUCUGUUUGAGAAGGACAAACUGCUCUUCUCCUUCCUCCUGACCAUCGGCAUCAUGAAAGAGAAAAAGCAAAUUAAUGAGGAAAUUUGGUACUUCCUUCUAACUGGAGGCAUUGCCCUGGAUAACCCCUUCCCCAACCCAGCUCCUGAAUGGCUGUCUGAGAAGGCAUGGUCGGAAGUUGUCCGUGCAUCCGCAUUACCCAAACUGAAAGGCCUAAUGGAAAGUUUUGAACAAAAUGUUGAGGAUUGGAAACUUAUCUAUGACUCAGCCUGGCCCCAUGAGGAGACAUUUCCCGGACAGUGGAAGUUCAUUCAAGGACUAGAGAGGAUGGUGAUCCUUCGAUGUUUGCGGCCUGACAAAAUUAUUCCAGCUGUUCGGGAGUUCAUUGCUGAACACAUGGGAAAGGUAUACGUUGAACCUCCUACUUUUGAUCUGCAGGGUUCCUACGAUGAUUCCAGUUGUUGUGCACCGUUGAUUUUCGUGUUGUCUCCAGGUGCAGACCCAAUGGCAGGCUUGUUGAAGUUUGCUGAUGAUCUUGGCAUGGGAGGUGCCAAAACACAGACCAUCUCCCUUGGCCAAGGCCAAGGCCCUAUUGCUGCCAGAAUGAUCAACACUGCCAUCAAAGAUGGGACAUGGGUGGUUUUACAGAACUGCCAUCUGGCCACAAGCUGGAUGCCUACACUGGAGAAGAUCUGUGAGGAGGUGAUCGUUCCUGAGAGCACCAACAUCCGAUUCAGACUCUGGCUAACUAGCUAUCCAUCAGAGAAGUUUCCAGUCAGCAUUCUCCAGAAUGGGAUCAAAAUGACCAAUGAGCCUCCCAAAGGGCUCCGGGCCAACCUUUUGCGCUCCUACCUCAAUGACCCUAUCUCAGACCCUGUAUUCUUCCAAAGCUGCACCAAGGCAGUAAUGUGGCAAAAGCUUUUGUUUGGCCUUUGUUUCUUCCAUGCCAUCGUUCAAGAGAGGAGAAACUUUGGACCCCUGGGUUGGAAUAUCCCUUAUGAGUUCAACGAAUCUGACUUGAGGAUUAGUAUGCGGCAGACCCAGAUGUUUCUGAAUGAAUAUAAGGAGGUGCCAUUUGAUGCUCUGAUCUACCUUACAGGGGAAUGUAAUUAUGGUGGCAGAGUGACGGAUGACAAAGACAGGCGUCUCCUGCUGUCCCUUCUGUCCACAUUCUACUGUAAGGAAAUUGAGCAGGACCAUUACUACCUCGCUCCUGGAGACACUUACUAUAUCCCUGCCCAUGGCACCUACCAGUCCUACAUCGAGUACCUCAGGGGCCUCCCCAUCACAUCCCACCCAGAAGUAUUCGGUCUCCACGAGAAUGCCGACAUCACCAAGGACAAUCAGGAAACCAACCAGCUGUUUCAGGGGGUGCUGCUGACCCUCCCUAGGCAGUCAGCAGGGAGUGGCAAGUCCCCUCAGGAAGUGGUUGAGGAGCUGGCCCAGGAUGUACUCUCCAAGCUUCCCAAGGACUUUGACCUGGAAGUGGUCAUGAAGUUGUACCCUGUGGUCUAUGAGGAGUCCAUGAACACCGUCCUGAGGCAGGAGCUCAUCAGAUUCAACAGGUUGACCAAAGUGGUUCGCAGAAGCCUCAUUGAUCUUGGCCGAGCCAUCAAAGGGCAGGUCCUGAUGUCCUCGGAGCUCGAGGAUGUCUUCAAUAGUAUGCUUGUGGGUAAAGUGCCUUCCAUGUGGGCAGCCAAGUCUUACCCAUCGCUGAAGCCCCUGGGGGGUUAUAUCACUGACCUGCUGGCCCGCCUGACCUUCUUCCAGGAAUGGAUUGACAAGGGGCCCCCUGUGGUCUUUUGGAUCUCUGGAUUCUACUUCACACAGUCUUUUUUGACGGGCGUCUCCCAGAAUUAUGCCCGGAAAUACACCAUCCCCAUUGAUCACAUCGGAUUUGAGUUUGAGGUGACCAAACAAGAAACAGCCAUGGAGUGUAAUCCAGAAGAUGGGGCCUACAUAAAAGGGCUGUUUUUAGAAGGUGGCCGUUGGGACAGGACAACAAUGCAGAUCGGGGAGUCUCUCCCCAAAAUCCUGUACGACCCACUGCCCAUCAUUUGGCUGAAACCUGGGGACAGUGCCACGUUUCUGCAUAAGAACAUUUACGUGUGUCCAGUCUACAAAACAAGUGCUCGGAGAGGCAUUCUCUCCACCACCGGCCACUCCACCAACUAUGUCCUCUCCAUUGAGCUCCCGACAGACAGGCCCCAGAAGCACUGGAUAAACCGAGGGGUAGCCUCAUUGUGCCAGCUGGAUGACUGACAGCAUCUGUCUCAGUUCAGAAAAUAAAAACCACUUCACUCUUGACUACAUCCUGGUUUUCCUUUCUUGAGAGGCACAUGGUAUGAGAUGAUGGUGAUGAUAUUAAUAGAGCACUUGCUAUGAGCCAGGUGUUUCACAGCAACCCUAUAAAGUAUUAUUAUUAUACUCAUUUUAUGGCUACAGAAACCAUAUACAGAGAAGGUAAGUAAUUUCCACAAAUCAGACAGCUACCAAGUGUUGGAGUCUGGAUUUUAACACAGAGAGUGGGACUCGGCAACCAGGACUUCCCAUUUGACUAAGCUCCCUUGAGGUUAUUUAUUUUUUUUUUCCUAUUAUUUUGCUGUAACUACCAUUGAAUUCAGUUGCUUCUUUCCUAGUCUAUGGAAGCUAAAAUUGGG